AUGCCUCUAUCCUGGGUGUGCUGUGAUCGCCGCGAAAAGUUACAACGAAUAUAUAUAACACAUAGGAAGACACAUGGUCAACCUUUUAUCUAUGAAUGCAAAGUGCCCGGUUGUGGGCGAACAUUCAACUAUGGACCAUCAUUUCGCAGUCACAAACAGACGCAUGAGCCUAAUCCUCAGUGCAAGAUUGUGGCAAAUUCUUCGCCACCAGGAAUACACUGCAAUAUCAUAAGAGCAUCUGCCAAACAAAAUCUCGUUAGUUUGCAAAUUUAA